AUGUCUAACUCCGGAUUACAGAGACGGAGAGGGGGAAAUAAGCAAGCGGCCUCUAAGUCGAGAGGAUCUAAUUCAUUUGAAGAGGAAAGGGGUCCCGCCCAGAGUGACAGUGAUGUCAAAGUGGGUUAUGAUGACCGUGAUAUAAAGGACCCCAAGGAGGUGAAGAUCCCUUUGUUGACUUUAAUGGAAGAAGUUCUUUUGAUGGGAUUGAAAGACAAAGAAGGGUACUUGUCAUUUUGGAACGAUAACAUAUCGUAUGCUUUGAGAGGAUGUAUCUUAUUGGAAUUGGCAUUUAGGAAUAGAAUUACUUUGGUCAAUGAUCCUGCUAGACGUAGAUUCGAGUUGAGUGACAGGCUCGUUGAGGUGAUUGAUGAUGAACCAACUGGUGAGGUUUUAUUAGACGAAGCGCUCAAGAUUAUGAAAAGCGACGAGUCAAACUUGUCAGUAACAAACUGGAUUGAUUUGUUGAGUGGGGAAACUUGGAACUUGAUGAAAAUAAACUAUCAAUUGAAGCAAGUGAGGGAAAGGUUGGCAAAAGGUUUAGUGGACAAAGGUAUCUUGAGAACCGAGAGAAAGAACUUUUUCUUGUUCGAUAUGGCUACACACCCUGUCGCAGAUAAGUUAUCAAAAGAGUACAUCAAGAACAGAAUAUUGUCUUUACUUAUACUGAGGAAUGUUGAUCUCGACUCAGUUGCAAACGAUCAAUUCUCUAAGGAUACUUCCCUUAGACACUUGAGAUCUAUAUCUUUAGUUUGUGGAUCAUAUGCUGCCAAUGUGUUGGAAAAUGUUUUGUUAUCAUUAAAUUACGACAAAAGAGACCAAGCCUUUGCAAGAGCAGAUGAGCUUUUAGCAGACUUUAGUGAAUUUCCCUUUAAUUUGUCACAUCAAAGCCCUUUGGGACUAGGGUUGAACUUGGGACAAGAGGUGAGUACGGAAAUUUCAGAGUCUUCGGUGACUGAGUUGCAGUUGGAAUUAGUUGCAGCAGUCUUAAGUGUUUUCGCUAGAAUGGACUCAAUUCUCUAA